AUGACAACACGUGGAGGCGGAUUCGUUGGCAGAGGAGGCAUGGGCGCACAAGGCCGCAUCCAACGCAUAAAGACACACGUCCUCCCAUUCACAGACCAUACAGCCAAAGAAGCCUUGGUGAUCUUCGAAGGCCGAGAAACAUGCCCACUUCCACCCCUUUACAGUUUCGCCAUGUACUUCACGCACAAGGACGUGAACGCAGAAAGCCUCCAGCCAGCCGAGCUCCUGGACGCCAUCAGACGCGGUACCCCGCUGCAAAACUACCCCUGUUCCUUCCGCCUAGAGAUAUACUUUCUCCCUGCCCCAAGUGAAGACGCCGCGUCCGACGAAGCGUGCAUGGCGCAUUACCGCGAGGAGAAGCGCAGCCGGGGCGACUACACGCGCCAAAUCGACGCAGUCGAGGCUCCAGGUAGCAGCACUGCUAGUAGUACCGGAGGUCUCCCUGGCUUCGUACCAAGCUACAUCAACGACCCCUACGGCGACUUUUAUCAUAGUCGUCUGUACAACUACCAAGGACCCAACUGGCGCACAGAUAAGCAGCCGGUACGCCGCGUUUUCUUCGAUCCCAUCCCGCAGGAGCAAUAUGCACCGAUUGCGGAGGAGGCGGGGGAACCAGAAGUCUUGCCGCCGGUGAAUGUCACGCUGCAUAUGAUGCAAGAGAGCGAUGCGGAGGAUUCCGGUGCGAAUUUUUUGGGUUUGACGAUGUAUGACACGGCGUAUAUUAAGACGGAGAAUGAGACGAAUGGGGCGUGGCAGGAGGCGGUGGAGCGGGGUUGGUCAACGUGGUAA